AAUAAUGUCACCAUCCUUCUGUUCUUUUGUUACUAACGGCAAAAUCAUAAAAAUGGUAAAACACUUUUGAAAAAUAAUUUUUUAAAAUUCUAAAUUUCCCAUCCCCCUAAAUCUGUUCAGCGAUGGCGAAACAGGAUGAUGGCCUUUUCCUACUAGAAGUGCUUAUAGAUAAAAUUGUGUUCGGGAAAAGUCCCUGUUUCUCCGACAAAGACUUCAGGACCUGCGUGAAGAUAGACUGCACCGGCGUGGAACCCUUGGAGAUAUGCGACGAUGAUCCCGGUGCAUGCUUCGCUAAAAGUGGCGGGCCUUUCGUCAAAACCUUCAACAGUGGCAAAUCUUGUUUAUUUUCACUAAAAGAAUCCGAAAUAAGCCAUUGCAUGAGCUCGUUUCCUAUCAAAAUAUGCGUUUAUAAAGCCUUGCCAUGUGGUUGCUUACCAACGAAAAUUAUAAUGGGAGAAGCGACGAUCGAUAUGACGAAAGAGUUCGUUCAAGCUCGGAAAAAGUUCCUAGAACUGCCGUCGAGCGUCAGCUAUCAAGCUUUGAAGGAUUCAUUUCGUAUCAUGGCCCCGGACGGAACGGAGGCUGGUGAAGUAGUCAUGUUUCUCCGAAUUUCUUGUUUCGGCAAGUUGAUUAUUACGAAGUUCCAGGGCGGUGCUGGCCCUCCUACGUUAGGUGGCAGUGCCGGUCAAUCUAUGUUAGAUCGUUCUUGUAACCCUCGGAAGGACUAUCAAAGCACAGAUGACCCAUGCGCGUGCGGAGGAGCCCGAACUGGUCCGGGAGCUGACGGGGGCGGCGGAGCACCUGGCCAGCCCUGUGCUGGAGGUGGAGCUGGUGUCUGCCCUAUAGCCAAAGAUCCUUAUAACACAAUGCCAUGCGUGGAAGGAGACGAUGUUUGUUACUGUUCUGGUCCAAGACCAGAGCAAAAGAUACCAAUGGCUUGUAGAAACACUGAUCAAUACUGUUUACAUGUUCCGAAAGGUGUCCUGCCGAGCUUGCCGUUCUAUCAAGAACUGUCAGAAGAGCAAAAACUGCAAAUUAGAGCACCGGAAGUCAACAUGAAGGAUAAUAAUUAUAAUAAACCAGAGAUACAGGAGUUAAAAAAUUCAUCAGUGUUGAACAGUGUAACCCAAUAUUUUAAUGUACUUACAUCCUCAUUACGAUACUCUUAUGAUGGAGUCCAUGCUCCAGAUGUUUUAUCCAUUACCUCAAUAAAUGCCAUUUUACAAAAGGAAAUCCAGUUUAUUCAAAAAGUGGAAUCGCAAUCGUCAUGUAGUACGAUGAAAGAUUGUGAAAGUAGACAUAUGUUUAUAGGAAAAAACACAUUUGGACAAAAGGAAACUACAGUGUUUAUGACAUAUUUUGAUAAUUUUCGCCAUCGCACUUCUGGGACACAAGCUACAGCUUCAAUAAACAAAUGUUUGCAAGUUGGUAUAAACUACAGUGCUGAUUCAUUUUGUGCAUCUACAUGUAAUACAAAUUUUGAUGUACCUUCAAUAUAUACGAUGCCCACUGCGACCUACCAAAAUAGAAAUAAUAUUCCUAACAGAAUGCGUUAUGCUGAAGUAUACUUUUGGGGAAGUAAGAAAAGUAGUGAGGGGAUGGGAAGUUCAGAACGCAAGGAUUGUAAAGGAAAAUGCAGUACUAGUAAGAAAAAAUCAUCACAUUCAAUGACAAAAAUACAAGCAUCUAAUGUAACAAAACAUAGAAAUUCAAGUAUUGGAUCACAAACAAAAGGUGUAAAAGAAUCAAGUGUAUCGACCUGCACUGGAAAGGCCGUCAGUAUUAAAGAAGACAGUAGAAUUUGUCCAGCUACAGCUCCAGUUAAAGGCGAAAUGACAGCUACAAUAUCACAUAUACGUAUCGGCCCUAAGGAACCAUGUCCUGUUCAUGGUUGCAGCCCAUGCCAAGGACCCAAAUGCGUUGUGGCUUCAUCGGCAGGAGAAGAAGCACCAGUAAAAGUAUCUACAGUAACAAAUCCUCGCCGUGGCGUCUUUGAACUAGUCAUCAGAAGAAUGACUGGAGCACCACUCGCAAAGAAUGAGCUGAUGUUAGAAUGGACUCCACCCCCGCCACGGCCUCCGUGUGGAUCACCUUGCCCCGCGCCUUGCUCACCACCGGGGCCUUGUCCUAUUCCAAAAUGUAAAAUGAUUGUAUGUCGAGCUUCACCUUGUAAACCUAAAUAUUGCAGAACGGGAUGCAAAAGGCCUUGCCGUACGCCGCCAUGUCGAGGGCCGUGUAAGAAAUGUUGUCCCCCGUCAUCGUGCAAGCCUUGCCCGCCACCUAAAUGUGGAGGUUGUGGUUCUGGUUGCUGCAGUCAAUGUCAAUCUACAUGGCCAUGCAGACCUCUGCCGCCAUGGCGAUUUAAACCUUGUUCUCCAUAUCCUUGUAAACCUUGUAAACCUUGCCCUCCGACACCAUGUCGAUCUUGCUCGUCAUGUAAACCACGACGACCACGUCCGUGUCCUCGUCCUUUGCCUUGCUGCGGACCUCCGCCUGUCAGGCCUUUCCCGCCACCACCUUGCAGACCAUGCAAACCUGGUCCACCCUCGUGUUGCAAGCCGUGUCCACCUUCACCAUUCAAGAUACCUAGCAAGUGUUGCAAACCACCAUGUUGUGCAUCUCCUUGUAGAAGUUCGCCGUGUAUACGUCCUUGUGUACGGCGAAAGUGUCCACGACGAUGUCGAACAAUGCCCAAAAUUAAGGCUCGCCGCAAACGUAUAUCGCCCUGUUGCAACCGUACCAAGCAGUGUCCUGUUGUGCGGUGUAGAAGUCUACCGGGACCCUGUGUUAUAUGCUGCAGUUUUCCACGUUGCCCGCCGCGUAAAUGCUGCUCUUUCAGUCGAUGCAAACCUUGUUAAGCAUAGGUUAUAAAAAAUGCAAAUAAUUUAAAAAACAUCUUUUUGUAUAUAUACUUACAUAGAUCGAAAUGAACUAUUUACUAUCGAAAGCGAACCGAUAGAUUAAACAAUUGAAAAAAUUAUCAAUGGAAGGCAUAGCUCGGCAUGGCGACCAUGGCUUUCUGCAUCCCUGUAAAAUGAAAAGUAACACCAUUAUACGUUUCGUUUAGGAAUAGAGAAGAGGAGAGUACCGCUGACCUUAAGCUAGUCUCUUUACGGUGUACUACGGUUAUUUUGAUAGGAGCCAGUGUAAAUAUAAAUUAGACCAAAGUUGUUGUAAGCCAAUAAAUAUAUCUAUAAAACCAA